GGAAUCACGUGACUAUAGCGGUGAGCUGUGCGCAUGCUCUGUGAACUGUACUUCCUGUCAAGAUGGCGCUGGGUAGUGGAUGUGCACGGCUCUGGAGGGCAUGCAGUUUGUUGUCACCUCGUCUGCCCCUCUUGUUCCCAGCUGCACUCCGGGCACAGAGCUCUGUCACCGGCCCCUUGGUACCCCGUACCUCCCUAACGCAGCCGCCGUGGUCGGACCAGCCGAGCCCGGUGUCUGCUGAGGAGGAACGGAUUCGACACGCCGCCGUGGUGGGCACCGUGAACCGGCUCGUCGCACAGCAGAACUUCGGCCGCCUGUUCGCCGUGGUGCACUUCGCGGGCCGCCAGUGGAAAGUCACCGACGAAGACCUGAUCCUGGUUGAGAACCACAUCGAGGCGGAGUGCGGUGACCGGAUCCGGAUGGAGAAGGUGCUGCUGAUCGGGGCGCAGGAUUUCACCCUGGUCGGGAGGCCUCUGCUGGGCAAGGACCUUGUCAGGGUCGAAGCUACCGUGAUCGAAAAGACUGAGUCCUGGCCUAAAGUCCAUAUGCGGUUCAGGAAGAGACACCGAUACCAGAGAAAGAAGAUCAUCAUUCAGCCUCAGACGGUUUUGAGGAUCAACAGGAUCGAGCUGGCCCCUGCACUCUCAUGAUGGUGAUGGAGACCACACAGACAUGGAGUUAAUGAGACCCAGAUGACCACAGACACACUGAAACAACGUGUGGACGUAAAUGAACCUGGUCAUGGUUGUGUUUGUGGUCAGUACUGCUUUAACAAAGCAGCCAACCAAAACUCUGGACUCCUGUGACUGUCCAGUGGGUUUUCUUCUGUACAUAAAUUUCCCCUUUCUGCAGAGAUUUGACUGAAUUACAAUAAAUGUGUUGGUUUUCUCGAAAGGUGA